AUGGCGGGAAAGCGAUCACGGCCGAGUUCACGGCCUUCCGAUGUGCUGGGAAGAAUCAGAGAGCUCACGUUGUCGAUACUCACGAAUAUCACCAAUGGACAGUCCGCGGUGGUUUACAUUAAUAAGUUCCAGAAUUACUGCUCUGAAGCUUCUGGAAACUGCUGUUGCAAUUAUGAUGUCUCCAUUGGGAAAGAAGUACUAACAUUGCAGAAGGAAAGUCAUGUGCGUAGAGUGGAUAUCUUGCUACGAGUUUUGUUGAUAGUUCAGCAACUUCUUCAAGAAAACAGGCAUGGUUCGAAAAGAGAUAUAUAUUACAUGCAUCCUUCUAUCUUUAAAGAUCAGUCGGUUGUUGACAAAGCAAUUAAUGACAUUUGUGUUCUCCUGCAUUGCAGUCGUCACAAUCUAAAUGUGGUAUCUGUUGGAAAUGGAUUGGUUAUGGGUUGGCUGAGAUUUUCAGAAGCUGGAAGGAAAUUUGACUGCAUAAACAGCCCUAACACAGUAACAACCAGAGUUGAAAUUUAG